UAGACGAGGGCGAGGUUAUAAUUGGAAAGACAACCCUGAAUAUGAUUUUCAAAUGAAAGAAGACCCCGCUGUCGAUUGCGCGCAGGAAAGGUGCUGGAGAAAUGGAAGGAAGUGAUCAUGGUCGGCCCCUACAUAUGCUUUCUCGUCUUAAAAGAAAUGCUACCGCCCUCUCCUGUCAUCAGCUCCGCCGUCCAACCGCCUCAAAGAAAAAGCAAAGAAUCUGAAAAAGAGCGAUUAAUAGAGAGAGAUUGAGCGUUGCAAACCAGAAAGAAGCUUCUUCUUCAAUCCAAGUCCUUAGGUUAGCCUUUGCUGGAACUGUUUACUGGCUUUAUCAGAUUGCCGAGAUUGGGGAACUGAAAAAUGAAGAUGACUAUUGAUUGGAGAGAAGUUGGUUUUCACGCAAAGAAAUGGUUGAUCCUUUUCAGUAGGAUUUCUUAUAGGUCUGUGCGUCGACACCCUUUUGUUGCGGGCAUGUUAGUUUUUCUCGUUUUGUUGUACAGAUACUCCCCUGCUGUGUUCUUCUUCGUGCUUUCCAAUUCUCCGGUGAUCAUAUGCACUGCUGUUCUCCUUGGAACACUUCUGAGUCUUGGGCAGCCCCAUAUUCCUAAUGUCACUGAGGAGGAAGAGGCGGAGAGCAGGCAAGAGAUCUCUUCUCUUGAAGUCGUUGGUGGUGUUGAUCAUGUUGUCGUUGAGAAGGAUGGGAAUUCUGAAUUGCGGACUCCUUUACUUUACAAGGAAAGAGACACGAUUAAAUCAUUCGACGAAGGGGUCGAUAACGAUCUAAAUUCGAAUUUUGACAAGAUAGAGGCCAACGGUGCGGAUCGCUUCCCAACCAGCAAAGAGGAAGAAGGAAAAAAGGGUGGAACCAGUAUCCCUGCGGAGAGACAGAAAGAUGAAGAAAUUAUCGUUGGAGAUCCUAAGAGCGAGUUUGAAGUGUUCUUUACUCCUAUACGUGUCAAAGGAAUGGAUGAAUUGCAGAUGGGCACUAGCUAUUCGGGAAGAGAACUUAAUGGUAAUGAAAUGGUUGAGGACUCAACUCUCGACGAAGCUCAGGAGGAUAUUGAAAGCAACAGCGAAUUUUAUUGUCGUUCAAACAGCGGAAGGACUGUUUGUUUUGUGACAAAUGAUAUGGAGAAGUCAAGAGAAGAGCAGAAUCUGGUGGACCAUGAUUCAGAGACUAAGAUCAAUGUCAAAGAUUUUGAAGAUGAUGGAAAAAUUCCUGAAACCAAUGUUCCAAAUACUCUUCCUUCCUCCUUGGUAUUACCUCGGGUGCGGGUUGAUCAUCAUGGCAUGUGCUCUGACUCUAGUUCAGACGAUACUGGGAGUUCUUCUCCUGAUACUUCUUUGGUAGAUUUAAUACCCAUGCUCGAUAAACUUUACCCUCUUAAAUCUACUCAACCCUCUUCUGCUGAAGUAUCUAAUAGUAUUAAUGCUGAGGCUUCUGAAAGCUAUAUUUCUGUUGUUGAUGAUCAAGGUGACAAUCCCAAUGAUGGGGAUGAUGAAAAUGACAGUGUCGAGAUUGAGAAGGAACGUGAGAGGAUUCCAGCAGGAAAGCAUGAAGGACAAAAGUGCGUCUCUGGUGUCACCUGGACUGAAGAUGACAGAAAUAUCGUUAUGGACAUUGGCAGUUCUGAAUUAGAGAGGAAUCAAGGGUUGGAGAAUCUGAUGGCAAGGCAUCAUGCUAGGAGGAACCAAAAGAUCAAGGAAGAGGAGGAUCUUAUAGACCUACAAUCAGAAAAGGAUCUUAUAGACCUACAGUCAGAAGAUAAAAUGUCUUUGUUGGACUGUGAUGACUCUACAUCCAAUAUGGUCCUGGAACCUGUUCAGAUUCAAUCCCAACCAGUUGCUCCUUCCAGUGAAAAUCCUCUUGAUCUACUCUGCAGUAAAGCAGAAGAAAUGGUGGUGUCUUCGGUGCCUUCAUCAUCAGCCAUGCCACCUUUAAUCCCAUCGGGAAAAUGGGAACCUUUUUCCCUUCUGCAAGAACAUGCUGAUGUGGAGGAGGUAUUUGUGGAUGAAAUGUUAAACCAUGGAGAAUCUAUGACAAGGUUGAAUACAAAUGAAACCCUGAUCACUGGAGCAUCAACAUUUGAAGCUAUAGAUCACCGUGAGAUUGACACUGACAUGAUUCCCCUUUAUAGUACACCUGACAUAGAAUCUGUUUCAUGUACCGAGGGCUUAUUUCAUGUUAAUUCACUUGUUGACAUGAGCCUUGCUGAACCCAAAAAACAACAAACAAUUGAUGCUAGUUCUCCUUCCUUGAGUUUAUAUUUUCAUGACGAUGUUAGUGAAGCAGUUGGUGCAAAUACUCAACAACUAUAUAUUUCCAAUCUUCAGUUAGAAGAAGAAAGUAUUGCUAGUAUUCGGAAUGGAAGUGUGAAGUCUAGCACAAGCCAUGUUGUGCAGAGUGAAUCACUUUUUUCUGUGGAUUGCCAGAAAGAUUGGGAAGAUAAUUCUGUACACUCUAAUCCUUGCAUAUAUGCUUCAAAGUUAGAUUCUUCUAGCACAGGUGAGCAGGUGUGUGGAGAAAAGGUUGUUGAUAAAGAGGGAGAGACAAUAACACUGCAUGCUCCGACUGGCUCAGUAAAUAUUUUGGUCACUGGAAACACCCUGCUAAGUGAAUCAAUUGCAGAUGAAAAUGGCCUGUCUGUUGAGAGUGAUCAUUCUGACAGUGGACAAGCACCUCUAGAGUUUAAAGAAGCUGAAGAAAAAGAGAAAGUCUAUUCCAGAAAAGAGUACACAAGCGAGGCAUCAUCAAGCUUGAUUAUAGUAGCGGACAUGGAGUUGAGGCCACUGGGACCCCCAGAAUUUGAAGAAGUUAACGUGAUUCAAGUUGGCAAAACUGCAGUUCAAGGUCACACCACUCAGGCAAGUCAAACAGAACAAGAUUCUCAUUUUCUAGAAGAGUCAUCAAUUGAAACAGAUAAACUUGUACGUGUUUCUGAUUUGUCCACAUGGGCACCAAAACCAGAAGUGGAGCUGCUUGUUAGAGAAGAUGCAAGAAACCUUGUUUGUGAGACUCAAAAAACACCAUCUUGCUCCGAGAAAUAUGGAGGGGUUGCUCAUAAUGUUGAAUUAUGUCAGCCAUUGCUCUCUAAGGAUGAUGAAGAUUUUGUCCACAUUCAUGCUCAUUCAUAUGAAUUUGGGGAGAAAUCAGAUUCUUUUGUCAUUUCCAUGUCAGAUGGCUCUUCAACAGUACAUAGUCAAACUAUUGUAGUAUCAGAUGGGGCACGUGUUACAGGAGAUGAAUCAGCUGUUCAUCCGUUAUCUGUUGAUAAUGGAGGAGGAUCAAAGGUGGUAGGGUUCCACGAUACUGGAAAUUUGCAUGUUGAUUAUAUGCAAUUGUCUAGUGAUGAUGUUGGUUCUGUGGGGCACACUGGUGUUCGCAUUACUGCAUCAACCACUUUGGAGCCCUUGAAGCUUCUGGAAUCAGCAAGUUCACCUGGCGUGGAGCCAAAACCAAGUGGAUCCGAUGAUGAAUUACCAAAGCAUGUCUCUGUGCCAUUAUCAGAUGCAACUAAAGAAUGUAGCACAAGGAGGGAGUUCAUGGGAACUUCAAUAAUUCAAGAGAUCAGAAUGUCUGUCUCAGAUUCUUUAGACUUGCAUAAUGAGAUGAAUCAAUCAGGUGUUACUAGGAUUUCCCAGGAGUAUCUAGGUGCCGACCAUGACAAUUGGGUCAUGGGAGAAGGGGAAGUAGAAUCCAUGAAAGAGCUUGAUGAAGACCUGCUGCAGGAAUUGGAUUCGAUUGGUGACUUUGGAGUUGCAGAAGAGAUGUUAUGUGUCCAAAAGCCUAAAAAACAAUUGGAAUCUGGUGAAGAGUCUGAGGAAGCUGUUGGAACAAGUUCCUUGACACAGAUGAUAGUUCUUGAAGCACAAUCAGUGGAGGACAUUCAUCUUGCUUUCAAGCAGUUCAGGGAGGGAGAAUCCAGCAAAUCAUUUCAAAAACAAAUGGAAUCUGGUAAAGAGUCUGAGGAAACAGCUGAAACAAGUUCCUUGACACAGAUGAUAGUUCUUGAGGCACAAUCAGUGGAGGACAUUGAUCUUGCUUUCAAGCAGUUCAGGGAGGGAGAAUCUAGCAAAUCAUUUCAAAAACAAAUGGAAUCUGGUGAAGAGUCUGAGGAAACAGCUGAAACAAGUUCCUUGACACAGAUGAUAGUUCUUGAGGCACAAUCAGUGGAGGACAUUGAUCUUGCUUUCAAGCAGUUCAGGGAGGGAGAAUCUAGCAAAUCAUUUAAAAAACAAAUGGAAUCUGGUAAAGAGUCUGAGGAAACUUCUGAAACAAGUUCCUUGACACAGAUGAUAGUUCUUGAGGCACAAUCAGUGGAGGACAUUGAUCUUGCUUUCAAGCAGUUCAGGGAGGGAGAAUCUAGCAAAUCAUUUCAAAAACAAAUGGAAUCUGGUAAAGAGUCUGAGGAAACUCCUGAAACAAGUUCCUUGACACAGAUGAAGGUUCUUGAGGCACAAUCAGUGGAGGACAUUGAUCUUGCUUUCAAGCAGUUCAGGGAGGGAGAAUCUAGCAAACAAUUCACUCAUGAUUUGGCUGAACAUGAAAAUGAUUCUACUCUGUAUGAGGGUGGCUCUGCAUGGGAGCAUUUGGAAGUGAGGUACGACGAGUCAGAGGCAGAAUUUGUUGAAGCAAGAUCUCAUCAUGACAUGUUAAACCAGUUUUCUCAAGGCGAUAGUGAGAAACAUGAUUCCCAAGCUGAUGUCAAACACUUCCCCAGUUUGCAUGAGAAUCAUGAAAUGUUGGAAGUGCUUGAAGCAAGAACGCUUCAAGUUCAGGAUAUUGACUUGGCAUUAAAACAAUUUAACAAGCAGGGUCCUGGGGAAAACUCCCUCAAUAAACCUAUUUUAGAACAGGAUCAACAUGUAGCUUCCAACUCUGAGAGGUCGAAUCUUGAGAUGAUCGAACUUCAGACUGCCAUUGUUGAAGUGCGUGUGGUCGAAGAAAGAAAAUCUGACAAAGUUGGUAAGAAGGAACCCCACAACAGCUUUGAUGUAAACAGAGAAAAUACAUCAACUAAUGACAACAAUAAGGUAGAUGACUCGAGUUCAAAAGAUAUGCUGGCAAAUAAGGUACAAAAAUCCAAACAUAAGAAGUCAUCUAGCUCUAGCUCUAGCUCGAGCUCGAGCUCUAGUUCAAGCGAGUCGGGUUGAAAUUUGAGCUGAUAAUGCGACUGUAUAUUUUUUUCAUGCCACUUCCUUUUUUAGUUUGAAAAUUUUCAUGGGGUGUGAGUCUGUAGGAGUACUAUACGAGGUUUUUGGUAGUGGCGAUUGUUUUUGAGGCUUCGUGUGCCUUUUUGUGUGGCCUGAUUUACCUGUGUAUUGGUGGUGGUAAUCUUGUUCAAUAGUAAAAGCAUUGGCUGAUUUGGCUUAAUUCUCAAUGUCAAUCUGUCUUCAAGAUUUAUGUUUUCGUUAUGUAUCCAACGGAUUGAUGAUUGUUAAGUCUCUUGUUCUCUUGCCUGUCAUGUAGUCAAAUGGAUUUCGACUC